GCUGUACCAAGCGUGGAGUAUUGCAGCAGCACAGAGAGGGAAUGGGAGAGUUGUUAUAAACGUGUCGUGUGGGUUUUUUCCUUCCUUUUUUCAAGAGACCUCUGGGUCAGGCUUAAAGCUAUGCUUGCCAGUCUUUGCAAAUUACCUUGGCAAUAGGUGAAAGCAUAUCUGUAUGAAUUACAUUUCAGCAUUACAUGUCUUAUGUAGUUAUUUUCAAGUAACUGGUUUACUUUUCUGACUGUGUAAAAAAAAAAACAAAAAAAAAAAAAAAACAACAAAAACCAAAAAACCCCCAACCAACCAAAAACAACUUAGUAUAAGAUACAUAGCUGUAGCACAUACUGGCCCCGUGAAAAAUUCAGAAGGUUUUCUCUGAGGUCUUAAGUUGGGUUUUUUUAGUUUAUAUUUUCGGUCAGUGAUCUUAAAAUACCAUGAUGUCUUCAGUGAUUUCUAAGUAUAUGAAAAAAAACCCCAGGAUCAGUCACCCUUUGGAAGUUACCAUCUCUCAAAGCAGAUUUGAGGCUUGUGAUAAAUAAGAAAAUCUGAGCAGACAGAUAACUUUUGUUAAAAGUAGUAGUUGUAUUUGUAUACAAGAUCCAGAUCUAAAUAUUUUACUGAAUGCUCUCAAAAAAGACUGGUGGGACUCGGGCUUUCGUAACUCAACUUUAGAUAUAUAUUGAAUAGGGGUAGGGAGAACGUUUGUCCUCAAAUAACAAUAAUUAAUUAUAAUGGAAAAAAAACCCUGUUUUUUUUGUAAUUUUCAGGGGGUUAUACUUUUUUUUUCUUUAUUGUUCUCAAUCUUAUGGACUAUAAAGUUUGUAGUGUGUUUAUCUUGCCUAUUAAGUACCGUGUGAAGUUCCAAAAAAAUAUUUGGAAACAACUAACACAGUGGCUUUUUUAAAUUUGCGUUGAUGCAGACUGGCAGGAACCAGGUGAUAACAUCAAAAUUCUAGGUGGACUUCAAGAAAUCUUGCUGAAGUUGAAUCUCACGCUUGUCUUUGAGAAGCUAAAACCUUUGUGCUGACAACAAAGAAGCUAGAACAAUGGGAGUGACUAAUCUGUGGCAAAUCCUUGAGCCUGUGAGACAACCUGUCAACUUGAGCAGACUCAAGGGAAAAACACUUGCUGUUGAUUUAAGUCUGUGGGUUUGUGAAGCACAGACGGUUAAAAAGAUGAUUGGAGUAGUUACCAAGCCAUAUCUGAGAAACCUGUUUUUUCGGUUCUCUUUCUUAACAUCAAUGGGAAUUAAACUAGUGUUUGUCAUGGAAGGAGAGGCUCCCAGGCUGAAAGCAGACACCAUGAGUAAGAGGAAUGAGAUGCGCUAUGGACCUUCAAAGAAAGCUGGAGCUGCAAGAACAGGGAGAUCUUCAUUUAAAGCCAUUUUAAAGGAGUGUCUCGAACUGCUGGAGUGCUUAGGUGUCCCUUGCGUUCAAGCAGCCGGGGAAGCAGAGGCGAUGUGUGCAUACCUAAAUGCAAAAGGACAUGUUGACGGCUGCAUUACCAAUGAUGGGGAUGUCUUCCUAUAUGGAGCUCAGACAGUUUAUAGGAACUUUGCCAUGAAUGCCAAGGAUCCACAUCUUGACUGUUACACAAUAUCCUCUAUUAAGGAGAAGCUUGGCUGCGACAGAGAGUCUUUGAUUGGGCUAGCUGUUCUUCUGGGUUGUGAUUAUCUUCCAAAGGGUGUUCCAGGAGUUGGGAAGGAACAAGCUUUAAAGUUAAUUGGGACUUUACGAGGUCAAAACUUAUUGCAAAGGUUUCAACAAUGGAAAGAAUUUCAGUAUGAUAAUAAUCCACCUUUGGUUGUUAAAAGGGUAACUCACUGUUCUGAGUGCCAUCAUCCAGGAUCUUACAAGGAACAUGAGCACAGUGGAUGUAAAUUCUGUGAAAGUGAUAGAUGCUGCAAACCUAGUGACUCCAAACAGAGUUGCCCUUGUGAAUGGCAUCAGUCAGAGCGAGUGAAACAAGCAAGUGCAGUGGAGGACAGCAUCAGAAAAAAAGCCAACAGUUGUGAGGGCUUUCCAUUCUCUGAGGUUAUUGAAGAAUUUCUUGUAAACAAGAAUAAAUUGAUCAACAUAAAGGAAUGUCAAAGGCCAAAUUUAUUGUCCUUUCAGAUGUUUGCUUCUGAGAAGAUGGAAUGGACCAAACAUUAUGCUUGUAAGAAACUGUUAGCACUAUUGACACGUUAUGAUAUGAUCCAGAGAAAAUCUGGAUAUGUUGAUUCAAAACAACUGCAGGCAAUACGGAUAGUCAAGACACGUGUUAAAAAUGGAAUUCCUUGUUUUGAAAUUCAGUGGCAAAAACCAGAACAUUAUGUUGAUGCAGAAGAUGAGCCUGUGGAGUUGUUUGUAGUCACGGUGGAGGAGGAGUCUUUGUUUCAGGCUGCUUAUCCUGAUGUUGUUGGUCUUUAUCAAGUGGAGAAGUCAGAAGUUUUGAAGAAGAAACAGAAAAGUAGGAAAGACAGACCAAAAGGGAAGAAAUUGCCAGAUGUUUGUGAUGAAGUUAGUGAUCUCCUGUCUCAAAUGAAUUUAAAGUCUAGAUGUGGGAUUCUUCCUGUGCAAGACUCCACGUCAGAUAUAAAAACUCCCCCAGAACACCAGAUACACCAGAGAAGUACUGAAUCAAAAGAUGUAGCGUUAGCUGCAGCUUCCUGUGUAACAGCUGUUCAGAUGCCAGCAUCAGCAGCUGCUCUUUCUCUGACUUCACCUUACUUGCUCUUGCAGAGUACAUUGGCUGACUCAUCUGUAUUGCCAGCACAAUUGCCUAAAAAUUCAGGGAUGUCAUCCUCUUCCACUGAUCUACAACUGCGCAGUAUCGAUUGGGAAGGAACCUUCCUCACCGCUUCACCAGCCCAUGGGGGUGAUACCCAUGAUCCAGCAGUUCACUUAACUACAUGCAUAAAACGCUCACAUCUGCUAGGUCAUGAAACAGUAAGAAGUAGCUCAGAAUAUUCUGAUGCUGUGCAGUCUGAUCAACAUCGUUCUGAUAGUGCAGAUGAUAUGGUUUCAGAUGAUGCUAUGGGAGAACUUCAGAAGUGGUCUUUAAGUGAGGGAAUACUUAAGAAGACUUCAAUUCCAUCAAAGCCUUUGUUGUCUGAAGGUGUAACACAACUGGAGUCUUUGAAAUCUUUUAAACAAACAAAAGAAACAUUGAAUCCUGAUAAAAAUUAUGCUUUUUCCUUAUGUCAGUUAAAUAAACUAGUGCAGGAAAGUAAAAAUGUGCUAUCAGAAAACUAUGCAAGGGAAUCCAGCGUACACUUUCAUCAAGAUCAGCACAAAAAAGCUGACACCCUGGCUGAAAUGAUGCAAAAAGACCAUAAUAGAAGCAGUUCAACAUCUCUAGCCCUCAGUGGGCAAACAACAGAGUUGUGGCAUCCUGGGUGUGAAAUGCUUCCAGUGCCUCCAAAACCAGCAGAUGUCAUAACUGGCCAUCACAUUAAAAAAGCUUUUAUUCAAAAUACUUGCAAAACUUCUUUUAAAAAGAGCGUAUGUCAGAACAAAUGUUCUUCUAGUGAAGACAGUGAUGAUGGGAACAUGAAUAAAAAUCUAAUUUAUGAGCAGCAGAAGAAGCAACUGAACCCUGGUCAGUUUAAAAAAUCUUUUAUAAAGAGAAGGAGCAACAUUGUUACUACCAAAAGAACAAACAGUGAUUCAGCCCUUUUAAUUAAAAGGGAGAUGGAAACGACCAGUUUAAAAAAAAUCAGUAAUAGUUUCUCAUUGCAAAUAUCUCCAGAACCAUCCUGUGUAGAGGAAGUUUAUUGUUCCCCAAGUACAGAGGAACCAUUUGAGAGGUCAGGUUCUGGUGUCACACAGCAAGCCGGAAGUGCUGUUCUGACUGACGCAUGGGCAGACAGUCCCCUUCCCCUGUCUGAAAGACUAAAAGGAAGACUCAAAAUCAAUUAAGUUCUCCACAAAAUAGAUCAUGAUAACAGUUGACUCAGCCUUCCGCUCUUACAGAGUUCUUGCUCAAAGUUUCUGUAGUAUGCUCUAUCAAUUUUUAGUGGACACAGUUUUGAUGGAUAAGAAGGGCUGCAAAAUACUGCAUACUGGAGCAAAAGUUUGAAACAAAAAUGUUAGCAAAAGUACCAAAUAUAGUUGUUUAUAGGCAAAUGCCAGUUAUUCUGGACUUGAUUACAUGCUGAGCUUGAUACAUAAGCAUCAAGGUACCGUAUACAAGGGAGCAUAAGGUCUGUUUAUGUCCAGCCAGUUGUGAGAAUUUUGCAUACAACUAUUAGUCCUGCUUAUAAAACCAGACAUUAAAAUAGUGCCUGCACUGCUCUUCGAUAUUCUUAAUAAGACAAAGUGAUACAGUUCUUCCCAACAGAAAUUUUCCAUUCUGCUCCACUAAUUUAAUUUUGCUAGUUUUAAAAUGGUUUUCAAAUCCUGGGAUGCUGCUUGUGUUGAUUAUCUCCGAAGGAUGAGAUAGAGACACAUAGCAGAUGCACCUUGCAGGGUAACUAAAUUUAUAUCUGCCAUGUCCUGUAAAUAAACUGUUAAUUUGAGUGUGUGCGUCUUCCAAAGAAUGGAAUAAGCCAUAUAAGGAUAUUCUGGUUUUGUAGCUGUCGUAUCUAAUAGUUAAGGAAAUUUGAUAGCUGUUUUAAUCAAACAUGUAUAAUUUGGGGCAUUUUUUCUUAAGGAUAUGAAAUCUCAUCUAAAUAAUUUGUAAUAGAAUGAAGGUUAAGUUACAGAAAAUCAAAAUACAAUUAUGAUAUUGCAGAUUCUUUGAAUAAUAGUCUGUAAUUUAUUUUUUUUUAAAGGGGGAACUUGAAUACAAUUACAUUUUUGAAGGUGUUCUUCCUACCUCUUUAACGAUAAAGCAGUCUCUGUUUCGUACAUAAAGAAGUUGUCUUCAACAGCUUAUUAGCAUAUGCCUCCUGCCCUGCAUUUAAGUGUUCUUAACUUUCUAUGGGCCAACGAGACGGAAGGCCGCUCCUACCAAGACGCAGUAUUAACAACAGAAAUUUAGAAUAUCCGUGCCUUAAUGAAACCGUCGGUUCAGUUUAAAAGUUAUGAAGCCAAAUUCCAGAUGUCUUUUAAGGAAGAAUGGGCAGUCUAUAGAUAAUACAACAUGUAAUUAAUCAAAAUGGUAGUUUCUUAUUUUCCUCUGUGGGCAGAUGGAGAAAGUUUAUUUAUAGUUGAUUUUUCCAAAUGAGAAAUGUAUUAUGGAAAUAAGCAAAAACCCCAAUAUAUUGGGAACUUAUUUUCAGUUUUGAAGAUGGUCUCUUGAAAACCUAAUCACUCUGCUGAUGUGAGAGCAUCCUAGAAGAACAGAAUUGUGAAAGAGAAGAAGAGUAGCAGUGAUUUGAGGACCAUAAAUUGAGAGAUUCCUUAUACAGUGGUCAGUAGCGGAGAGAUCAGACCAUUUCUUGUGGGAAAACAUUGUUAUUGGUUAUGUAUGAUUCUUUUUCUUGUUGCUGAUUGUGAACACUGAAAGUUGAAAUCAAGGGUUUGAAUUUUCAUUAAUAAAACCACCAAGAUCA